AAUGCCAAAAGAGGGGAGCACUGGGAGAGAGUGAGCGAGACUGUAAGAGGCGACACGACUGGCAGGAGCAGCCCCAGCGGAGCCGGGAAGGCCGACAUGGAUGGGCCGCCGCGUGACCGCAUGACCCGAGUCCCGGAACGCGUGACCCUGAAGAAGGAGAUCGGCCUGCUGAGUGCCUGCACCAUCAUUAUCGGCAACAUCAUUGGAUCGGGUAUCUUCAUUUCGCCCAAAGGCGUUCUGGAGCACUCUGGUUCGGUUGGCAUAGCACUACUGGUGUGGAUGUUGGGCGGCGGCAUCGCUGCGCUGGGUUCACUGUGCUACGCCGAGCUAGGUGUUGCAAUCCCCAAGUCGGGCGGUGACUACGCUUAUGUCACCGAGAUCUUCGGAGGCCUCUUAGGAUUCCUGUUACUGUGGAGCGCUGUGUUGAUUAUGUAUCCAACGACCCUGGCCGUCAUCGCGCUCACCUUUUCCAGCUAUGUGCUACAACCUGUCUUCCCCGAGUGUGCACCACCGUACGCCGCUACGCGAGUUCUGUCAGCCACCUGCCUCUUGCUGUUGACGUGGGUAAACUGCAGCAGUGUGCGCUUGGCCACCAGGAUCCAAGACAUCUUCACAGUUGGCAAGCUGCUGGCCUUGGGCCUCAUCAUCGCAGUGGGUCUGGUCCAAAUUUUCAACGGGAAUUUUGAAGCUCUGACCCCCCAGAUGGUUUUUUCCAUGGACCGGACUCCCUCAGUGGGGCAGAUGGCGCUGGCAUUCCUGCAAGCUUCCUUCGCCUUCAGUGGAUGGAACUUUCUUAACUAUGUCACGGAAGAAGUGGUGGAUCCAAGAAGGAACCUCCCUCGCGCCAUCUACAUCUCCAUCCCACUGGUGACACUGGUCUACACACUGACCAAUAUGGCCUACUUUUCGUCCAUGUCUUCUGACGAGUUACUUUCUUCCAACGCUGUUGCUGUUACUUUUGGAGAGAAACUGCUAGGUGUGUUCUCCGUCAUCAUGCCCAUCUCCGUGGCAUUGUCAACGUUCGGCGGCAUCAACGGCUACCUGUUCACUUCGUCCAGGUUGUGUUUCUCAGGUGCCAGGGAAGGUCAUCUUCCUAGCCUGUUGGCGAUGAUCCAUGUCAAAAAAUGCACCCCCAUCCCAGCUCUGCUGGUCUGCUGCACAGCCGCAAUGGUGAUCUUGUGUAUUGGGGAAACGCACAAUCUAAUCAACUACGUGUCGUUCAUCAACUAUCUGUCAUACGGUGUCACCAUCGCAGGCCUGCUCUUCUACCGCUGGAAAAAGCCCAACCUCUACCGCCCAAUUAAGGUGCAUUUGCUGGUGCCCGUGUGCUACCUAAUGUUCUGGGCGCUCCUGCUGGGCUUCAGCCUGUACUCAGAGCCUCUUGUUUGUGGCGUGGGCCUCGUCAUCAUGCUCACUGGGGUGCCCGUCUACAUUUUGGGUGUCUAUUGGAGAGCAAAACCAAAGUGUGUCAACCACUUCAUUGAGACGGUGACAUCCGUGGGCCAGAUGUUGUGUUUCGUGGUCUUUCCUCAGUUGGACCCCAUCGAGAUGACUGAGACUUCUGAGUGGAAAGAGCCAUCGUCCAGUUUGUCUCUUAACUCCUAAAAAUCCAAGCUAGCACACCUGUGUUUAAGAUUCCAUGCACGCACCUCAUCCUACUGUUUGUGGGAGCAUCCCUGUGUGACAUUUAUGGACUUCAGAAGACUGGACAUCUACUCUUCCUUACAGACUUUUUUCACAAAACCCAACAUUCAACUUGUUUCUCCAGCCUCUUCUCUUCUGGAAUAGAAAGAAGUCUCAUAGCAUUCUUGUGAAGGCCGCUGAUGUCUCAUCAGUCAAGUUUCUUGAGAAAAAAAAAAAACUCUUUUACCAGACAUUGAAAUGCAGAAAAAGAUUAAAUUAUUCUGCUUUCGAGACAUCUUUUAGUCCGCGUUAGACUGCUAACUUAGGUGCCCCAAUUCACCAGAUGGCUAGCCAAAUUAAUUAGCCACAUCAUGUAGACCUUAUUGAGUUUCAGAAACUAUUUUACACUUGAAAAGUGUCACACCACACCACCCAACAAAAAUGUUAUGAAAAGUAUAAUAUACUGUAC